UGCGUGCAGGAAGCAACCAAGCCAGAAGCCCGGGAAGGAGGGACGAAAGCGACUCUUGUGAAGGAAUGAUCGCCACCUACUUUCUCCGCCUCCCUUAGCUCUUACGCACUUACACCUCUGGCCCAUCGCAGUCACCAGAGAAAAUAAACAGUCUCCUGCUGCCUUUCCAGACUCUGGGCAAAACCAUCCCCUUGAAAGCGGGAGGUUCUAGAGAGAGAAAAAAAUCCACCCAGAGCAGGAGAGGGGGAAGUUUACAACGGAGCCGCUCUCUUUUCUUCUUCCUUCCCCCAUUCCCAUCCCAACAACCUGGAAAGCGCCGCCACCGUCGAGAGGAUUAUAAAGGAUUGUGGGGUUUAAGAGCGAGCCAUGUGGCGAGGGUUUUGAGGGAAAAGCCACGCGUGCCCCUGCCGGCCGCCGCCGUGCGCUCCGUGGGGGGGUUUGCCCGCCUCCUCCCGGCCGAGCCUUGGGCGAGCGGAGCGCCCUGCAUGUCUGUGUGCCUGCGCGUCUCUGUGAGGGACGGAAGCAGGCAGGCGCAGGCGCAGCGCCCGCCCGUCUCCUUGCCUGCAUGCAGCCCGGGCUUUCUCGCUCAGUGCAGUUGCCGGGGAGUUGAUGGCAGCGCCAGAGCGCGCCGACAGCAGAGCGCCACGGGCACCCGAGCCCAAGAUGUGCAGCCAGGAAGGAGGCAGCGGCUGCAGCAGCUACAGGGGCCCGAAGAGGGACAGGCAUCGUCGUCGUCCGGUGGCCAGUCAACUCUCCUGACCUGCCUGCCGUCCUCUUCCCCUCCCUACCGCUUCCUCCCCAAAGAAUGUCAGCCAAGUCCAAGGGGACCACCUCCUCCUCCGCCACCUCUUCGUCGGUGUCCUCUCCAGCCGAAGGGCUGCCGGCAGCCUCCAAAGCCAAGGUGAAGGAGCAGAUCAAGAUCAUCGUGGACGAUUUGGAAUUAGUCCUGGGGGACCUGAAGGACGUGGCCAAGGAACUGAAGGAGGUGGUCGAUCAGAUUGAUACACUGACUUCUGACUUGCAGUUGGAGGAUGAGAUGACAGACAGUUCAAAAACGGACACAUUGAACAGCAGCUCAAGUAGCACAACAGCAUCCAGUUUGGAAAAAGUCAAAGUGCGAGCCAAUGCGCCACUUAUCAAGCCCCCAGCCCAUCCAUCUGCCAUUCUCACAGUACUAAGGAAGCCCAACCCACCACCACCUCCUCCACGGUUGACUCCUGUAAAGUGUGAAGACCCUCAUAGGCCAGUUAUCCCUGCCAACCCUCUAAAGACUAAUGGAACUCUACUACGAAAUGGAGGUUUACCGGGCGGAACAAAUAAAAUUCCAAAUGGGGAUAUAUGUUGUGUACCUAAUAGUAACUUGGACAAAGUUCCAAUGCAACCUUUGAUGCAUAGAUCUGAGAAAGACAGAUGUCCUCUGCCUGGAACAAGGGAACGGGUACGAUUUAAUGAAAAGGUCCAGUACCAUGGCUAUUGUGCUGACUGUGAUGUUCGGUAUAAUAUUAAAAAUAGGGAGGUUCACUUGCACAGUGAGCCUGCCCACAUGCUGGGAAAGCUUCCUCACCAAUGUCCUCCCUUACCACCACCACCACCACCACCUCCUCCUCUUGCACCUCCUCCUAUUCCGCUAGAAAAUGGAGGGGUGGGACUGAGCCCCAGUAGUAGCUUUCUUCCUCUCAGACCUGCAACUGUGCCUCCACAAAUUGCACCAAAACCCCAGAAGACCAUCUUGAGGAAAUCAACCACUACAACAGUGUGAUGUAUCCCACUUGGAAAACUGUUUUUUCUUAUGUAUAAAACAUAAAAAAUGUAAUGAGCACUUUCUACUCAAGCAAUAAAAAGCCCAAAUAUAUUA